UAAAUUUUUAUAGUGGAAAGAGCCAUAGGUGCCAUAGUCAACAAAGAUGAUCUCUCGAUCUUUGGCCAAGUCCGCCAAAUAAGCCAAGUCAAAACAACGAACAUGCUCAUGACUAUUGUAUCAACGAACUCUACUAUAGUUUAAAAUAUUGCUAGAUAUUAUUCAAUUAUUAAAAUGAGCAGUGACGAAGAAGAUGCAUUACUUAAUGAAGACAAGGAUCAGGCACAAAUUAAAAAAGAGUUGUCUCAGAUGAGUUUUGCAGAUUUACAAAAACUUAAGGAGAAAUUAGGCACGAAAGUUUACAAUGCAACAAUGUUUGGGGCAAAAAAAUCUAAGUUGAUAAAAUUCAAGAGAGAAAAUAAAAAUAGACCUAGAGAGGAAUCAUCAAAAAGACAGGUUACAAGAUUUCGAGAAGUAGUACCUGUAAAAAAGAAAGAACCAAGAGACCCUAGAUUUGACAGUUUGUGUGGUACAUAUGAUGAAAAAGCUUUUAAAAAUGCAUAUUCAUUUCUGAGCGAAAUUAAACAAAAUGACUUGAAAAGUUUAAAAAAAGAAUUGCAAACUGAAGAGGAUCCCAAGCAAAUCAAGAAAAUUAAAUAUCUUAUUCAAAGGCUGGAAAAUCAAAUUAGAGAAGAAAAGAAAAAAUCUGAGAAGGAAAUGAAACAAAAAGAAGAGAAACAAGAAAUACUUUCUGCUAUAAGAAGUGGUGAAAAACCAAAGUAUAAGAAAAAAUCUGAAAAACGGCUUACAAAUCUUGUUUCUCAAUACGAAGAUCUUAAAAAUUCAGGAAAAUUAAUAAAGCAUAUCCAGAGAAUAAGAAAGAAAAAUUUGAAGAAAGAUCGUGUUCAGUUAGAAAACUCAAUUUCAGAAUAAAUUAUCAUUAUAAUAUUUCUACGCUGGAUAAUUUUUAAUUGAAAAUUCAAAUAAGUAUUGCUAUGACUUAGCAUAAUGAAAUUAUCUUGUGAAGAUUUUUGCGAAUGGCUCAUCACACCUAAUUACAAAAAGUACAGGAACAAAUAAUUGAUAAUUGAAAAGUUAUAUUAAAGUUAUUGUUUAUAAAAAGGUUAUAGCUGAAGUUUGUGAUAUUAUGUCUGCUUGUUUCUGCUAGUAUUCAUUUAUGAUUCUUUAGACUUUUUCAUAAAUUUGUAAUCUUCGUUGCUGUUUGCAACAAGAAAAUUCGUUAAAAUAAUGAAUCAUUUUACAAUGGUUACUUUGUUGUCAAAACGUUUGAUAUUUAAUGUUAUACUUAAAAAAAGAAUGCUUUACUGAAGACUGCAAUUCUGUACUAAUAAUUGAUUUUAUACGUUAAAAUAAAAAGCUAAAUGGAGCUCCAACAUUUUUAGAGUUGUAAGAGUAUUUUCGUAAUAAAAAUGAAAACUUGAAAUACUUACUGUCUUGUUUUUCAGCCCUAGAUGUAACCUCGUUUUUCCGGCACAAAAGAAAUAAGAAAACAAAGCCCAAAAUAAAAAAACAAACAAGAGCGUGUGCUGAGUGAGGGUUUGUGUAAAAGCUCAUCGAAGAACAGAGGCCUCUAUUAAUUAUGUAUUUUUUAUUUAACAUCAAAAGUAAUGACACUUGGGUUGGACAAUGUCUCUCAUUUUAUUCUUUUUUCAUAUUUUUUACUCUUAAUUUAUUCGCGUGUGAAAACAGAACUUAUCGAUAUAAUAAUCAUACGAAAAAAAUCGUCAAUCAGAAAUUACAAGAGUUCGGAUAUAGAGUAAUGUACGUGUUUUUUUUUCUUUAUUGUUAUCCGUUUUCUCGCUCUCUCGCAUUCCGAAUGAUCAUUCUCCAUCGCGCGCGCCUCGCGUACUUUUUUUAUGUUUGCAUUUGUUUUUUCCAUUCGCUAUGUUGUCGAUAUAAAUGCCACUCUUCGCGUUUUUCUUAAUCCCAUAUUUAUGUUAUUCAAUCUUGUAGUCGAUGUGUUUCUGUUUUUCAACUUGUCACAAUUGUCCUCUGAACGAACAACAUUACUUGACUUUUUGAAUAAGGGCAUCGUUGUAUUACAAUCAGCGAUUGAUUGAAAGCAAAGCUAAUACCAAUUCAGCAAACUGUUGAAUAGUGAAGUAGAGUAAAUUGCGUUGAUUUGAAAUUCACAACGUAUGUACGACCUCGUAACAACAAUGGCGAAUAAAUUUGCGGGUCAUUUAACAAAUUCGCUGAUUUUCGAAUGCCCUUAUUGUCAAAAGCCACCCGUGCUCGACUUUGCAAAAAAAAAUAAA